ACGCAACCACAGUUAACUUGUUCCUGCGGUGUGCUCGUUUUAAACUCGUCCAUCAUCCCCCGAGAUCUUCACCUUUUCCCACUCGUAAGUCCGAGCACAGCCAUAAAGCGUGCAAUUUUGCCAAGUAAACUAAUCCUCGAUUCCGAUGCGGAGGUUUCGAAUGUUUUCACGCAGGGGUGGAGACAUUUGGGGGCGGAGAGGCGGCGGUGGCGUUGGGGGGCAGAGGCCGCUGAAGCAUGGGAUGAAGGGGAUGGCGGCGCGUCUGUCGGUCGCGUUGAUCGUUCUCGUCAUCUGUACGUUGUCGCUGUUCUCGACCAUCGGCGUCACCCGACCCUCGAACCGAGUGGAGGUUGUUGAUGUUAAUAAGCUUUGGAGGAGUUCUAAUCCAGGGGGUUGGAGACCAUCAUCUGCUCCCAGAUCAUACUGGCCUCCUCCACCAAAAGAGAGUAAUGGUUUUCUACGAGUUCGUUGCAAUGGUGGCUUGAACCAACAACGUAGUGCGAUAUGCAAUGCAGUUGUUGCUGCACGAAUUAUGAAUGCUACACUUGUGUUGCCUGAGUUGGACACCAAUUCUUUUUGGCGUGAUGAGAGCGGUUUUCCAGGUAUCUAUGAUGUUGAGCAUUUUAUUGAGGCAUUGAGAUAUGAUAUCCAUAUUGUGCGGAGCCUCCCAGAGGUCUCUUCAAAGGGAAAGACAAAGAAGAUGAAAUCUUAUCAGAUUCGGCCACCUAGAGAUGCUCCUCUUAGCUGGUAUACUACAUUUGCUUUGGAAAAAAUGAAGGAACAUCGUGCUAUCUACCUCACACCAUUUUCACAUCGAUUAGCCGAGGAUAUUGAUGCCCCUGAACUCCAGAGGUUGAGAUGCCGAGUGAACUAUCAUGCACUUCGAUUCAAGCCACAUAUAAUGAAAUUAAGCACCGAGAUAGUGGAUAAGCUCCGGUCGCAGGGACAUUUCAUGUCUAUACACCUUCGAUUUGAGAUGGAUAUGCUUGCUUUUGCUGGCUGUGUGGAUAUAUUUACUCCCAAGGAGCAGAAAAUUCUAAUCAAAUACCGAAAGGAGAACUUUGCAGAGAAGGAACUUGUUUAUAGAGAGAGGAGGCUCAUUGGGAAGUGCCCAUUAACACCAGAAGAGGUAGGACUCAUCUUACGGUCUAUGGGAUUUGACAACACCACACGCAUCUACAUUGCUGCAGGUGAACUUUUUGGUGGUGAUCGCUUCAUGAAACCAUUCAGGACAAUGUUCCCUCACCUUGAGAACCAUAGCACAGUAGGACCAUCAGAAAAGCUUGAAGAAAAUGCUAGAGGACUUGUUGGUUCUGCUGUGGACUAUAUGGUUUGUCUUCUCUCUGACAUUUUUAUGCCGACAUAUGAUGGCCCAAGCAAUUUUGCAAAUAAUCUCUUGGGCCAUCGUCUGUAUUAUGGCUUCCGGACGACAAUCCAACCCAACAGGAAAGCUUUAGCUCCUAUAUUCAUGGACAGAGAAGAAGGCCGUGCAGCUGAUUUUGAGGAUCGUAUCAGGCAGGUCAUGUUCAAUUCCAAGUUUGGUGGGCCGCACAAGCGCGUCCACCCUGAGUCUUUUUACACGAACUCAUGGCCUGAGUGCUUCUGCCAAAUGUCACCGAAGGAUCCUGCUGACAAAUGCCCACCGGAUAACAUAAUGGAAACGCUGGAUGGACAACUGCAAAAUGAAGAAAGUGAUGAUUUAGACCCUUCAAAUAUGUCCAACAAAUCAAACAAUUCAGCUUCACGUUCCACUGGAGAUUAACAUGCAGUAUUGCAGAUCAUUCAUUUUAUCCUCAUUGGUAAAGCCUCAGAAGGGAGAGAUCCUCAAAUGAAUUUCCGGAUUCUGAUACCGAAGAGCUUCCACAAAUGAUUAACAUCAAAUAAAUUCUUACCGAUCUUUUUGCUCAUUGGCCUUACUAUGUUGAUUAGUGAUGCAGGCACAAUGUCUAAACGAAGUUUGCGGAAGUAACAAGGAAUUGCUCCACUUGGGAUCAAUUUGGUAUACCCUUCUACUAAAUCAAGCCUCACGUGGAAGCUAUUUAUUGUUUGCUGGAUAUGUUUCUUUCACAUGAGAUAUUCAUGUAUUUUGUCGUAGUAAACAUAUAUUUCUUGAUUGCAGCAAGUGUUGGUGUGACUUA